ACCCCCAUGCACUUGUCGGCCAUUGAUCGGAAUGAUGUGAAACAUCCGUAAACAAUGUCUGCCGAACGAAGCUUUCUUACGGCUAAAGCAAAAGAAAACAACGACUGUUAUCAGAGAUAGAUUAAGUAUUGGUUCAUGUUGAUACGCAAAAGCAUUACCAACAACUUUUGUUCGCACAGAGACUGGUCUUAUUGAAAUUGCGUUGUGGAAACUUCGACGUUUGGUGAUCCGCAAAGAUUUGCACAUGCCGUGCAUUUUAGGCCGGCACCGUAUCAAACUGUACCAUGACUGUUGAACAGCCUGCACUUCACCAACGCUGUCAUACACAGCCAAAAAGUGCAGAAGAAAACUAUGUGUAUGCCCAGAUCAAGGAAAUAACGGGCAUAGAUGAUGAGCGUGUGAUCAGAAGAGCUAUCACCGCGUGUCAGGACCGGGACGGGAAGUACGAGAUUGAGAAUGUUGUAACUAUGCUGCUCGGUGAUGACUUUGUUAAUCCAGCUCUAAAGAAAAAGUCUGGCGUGACAGCAGUACCUUCCAUCGUUGUACAAGAAGAUGCAGCCACUGACUUGAAGUCUGGGACAACCACUGUAGAUGCCAGGCCACGCUCUACUCCCGCUGAUCGGGAAACCACCACACAGGGGACACAGGAGGCAGGUACACAAGGGGCUACAGCAAGGAAAAGUGGGAAUGUUAUAGAUCUGACCAAUGAGAAUGCAUCAGGAAGUGACCAGCUGCAAAAAGCCAUCGUUGCCAGUCUCCAAGACACCCAAGGAAUUCUGGGAGGACAGGUGUCGCGCGAGGAACAGGAUAUCAGCAGAGUUUUAGAGCAGAGUUUAGCUGAGAGUAAAGCGGGUACCAAGAGGAAGCGAGGAGAUAUCUGGUUUGUGGAUCCGCUGAACCCUCACGAACGGAAGAGACAGGAGGAAUGCCCAGUGGGACUAAAAAAUGUGGGCAAUACCUGCUGGUUUAGUGCUGUCAUACAGUCAUUAUUUCAUAUACGAAGAUUUCGACACCUUGUCUUGAACUUCCAUUCACCAAAUGAGUCUAGUCAAGGCAAUGGAGCAGAGUCGAGGAAUCUACGGUUUAUGACCGAGCUGCGCUAUCUAUUUGGGUUAAUGAUAGGUUCCCACAAAAAGUAUGUGGAUCCUUCUAAAGCAGUAGAAAUACUGAAGGAAGCUUUUUCAUCGUCUCCGUCCUCGUCCGGGGUCGGGGAGAGUCAGCAGGAUGUUAGUGAGUUUCAACACAAGCUACUGGAGUGGCUAGAGGAUGCCUUUAAGGCAGACACAUCAUGUCCCUCAUCUCCUGAACAGAAAGACAGUGCUGAGGGAGAUACCAAUAUGAAAAAGAUGAAGAACCCAAUGGUGGAGUUGUUUUAUGGACAGUAUCGAGCCGAGGGUACCAAUGAGGGUAAGGGCUUUAGCAAUGAUGAGACGUUCGGCCAGUUUCCUCUACAGGUGAAUGGUUUCCGUGAUGUUCACGAAAGUUUGGAGGCCGCCACUGCUCCUGGGGUGAUAGAAACCAUCAGCAGUAAUACUACGCAAACAUCUGGGCAGGAGCUCUGGUUUACACGACUGCCACCUGUUUUGACCUUUGAACUGUCUAGAUUUCAAUUUAAUCAGCAAUUAGGGCGACCAGAGAAAAUCCACAACAAAAUAGAAUUCCCUCAAGUGAUCUAUAUGGACAGAUACAUGUGCUGUAACAAAAUAGAAACAAGACACAGACGGGAACAAGUCAAAAAGUUACGAGAGGAGUUAUCUAUUCUAAAUACAAAGUUAAACAAAUUUAACCAUUAUGGGUCAGGUAGCAAGAAGGUUCCCCUACAGGAUGUGUUAUCCUAUGCUUUGGAGUUUGCCCAGAGUAAACCAGACCACAUUUCUAGUCUCCCCCAAGAUGUGGAAAUGGAAUCUCCCAAGCCACAAAGUGAUAUGAGCAUGGCGACUGAAUCGUCCCCGGUCAAGUCCCCGGGGACAGAUGUGACCAUGACCCCUGCGACCCCUCCCCGCCCUCACCGGACGGCAGGAGUAACCUCGAGUCCAGCUCCUCGCCACAUCACAGACGGGGAGCUCCAGGUAUUACAGGAUUGUCUUCACCGCUGGAGGACGGAGGUGGAACAAGACGUGAGGGAGUUACAAGACAACAUCAACAUCCUGGAGGACAACGUCAACAGGAUGUACAGUGACGAGGCCAUGCAGCGGUACCCAUACCAGCUACAUGCAGUCCUAGUGCACGAGGGUCAAGCAGCGUCCGGUCACUACUGGGCCUAUAUAUAUAACACAGCCAAGGACAGGUGGCUCAAGUUCAACGACAUCACGGUGUCGGAAGCAUCCUGGGACGAGCUGGCGAAGGAGAGUGUCGGUGGAUACCACAAUGCUAGUGCUUACUGUCUCAUGUAUGUCGACAAGUCACAGUUACAACAGACAGAUCUGGUGGAUAUAGAAUUGGUAGGCAAGGACCUAGACAGUCUUCCAAAGGACUUGAAGGAAUCCGUCAUCCUUGACAAUAAAAAGUUUGAGGAGGAGAUCCUCGACUGGGACAGCGAACAGGCGAGGAAAGCUGCAGGUGAAUCGGUAGCUGCGGCAGAACACAAACCAGGAGCCAGCACCAGUACGGUAGCCACUCAGACGGCCACAGUGUUCUACCCGGCCGUACAUGCGUCACUGUCUGUGGGGGACACUGCCGAGGCUGUAGCUAGUGUGGUAGACCAUGAAUCAUUCAGUGCCAAGGAUCCCGAACCAGCGCUUGUCAGAGUGAUUGAGUCUGAACUGAAGCGAGUGGAACAAGUGGUUAGGAGCCUCCAUUCCAAGCUGCCAAUGGAAGAUCCGCGUUUACAGCACCCUGUGGUGUACCUCACAGCCUGUAGGGCUGAUAAGCGAGUUUGUCACAGGAUCAUGUGUGAACAGGUGGCUUACUGUGGUCUGCUGGACACUGAAGAGAGGUACAAAGCUCUGAAGAACACAGCACUACGGAUAGACAACAUGAGUGAUAAAUCAGAUCGAGACCAGUCACUGCUUUGGCACGAAAAAUAUGAUAAAUUCCGGAAGCUUGUGUACUGGUUUGUUCAAGGUGUUCGAUACUACAAUGAGGAAAACUAUGAGAAAGCCAUGUCAUACUUCCUACACAUAUAUGAACAUAAUCAGAAACUUCUGAGCGAGUUUGGUCCAGAGGGAGGACUUUCUAAGAAGCUUGUGUCGUACUACAGACGACACUGUAUGCUGAAACUUAACAAUAUGAUGGCGGCCCGUUUCCAGGACCAGGAUGACGUGACGGACACGCUACACGUGAUGAACACACAGAUGUUGCCAUGCCUACAGCCAAUGACACACUCCUCCUCACAGGAAGACAUGAGUGCCAUGGAGGUGGUGCGGGAAAAGUGGUGUGCCUUCCUUGGGCAGGAGAUAGGUGCUCGCAAAAUUGAGAAGCUCCAAGAUUUCAUGUCAAAGUUGUUUGAUCCGCCGAGCGAGACACGUCCCCCUGCUCUACAGACUGUUCAGAUGCAGGAUUUACGGGACUUAUACAGACAGUAUGUAAAUGUGAUAGACAGCGCUGUCAACAGUGGAUCAGUGGAAAAGGCACUUGAGUGUCAGUAACGGUCAACAUUGGUCAGUACGGAGGAUCAAUGGUCAAUGUUUGGUCGGCACAGAGGAUCAUCGGUCAAUGUUUGGUUGGCACAGAGGAUCAACGGUCAAUGUUUGGUCGGCCGGAGGAUCAACGGUCAAUGUUUGGUCAGUACGGAGGAUCAACGGUCAGCAUUGGUCAGUACAGAGGAUCAACGGUCAACAUUGGUCAGUACGGAAGAUCAACGGUCAAUGUUUGGUCAUCACAGAGGAUCAACGGUCAAUGUUUAGUCAGCACAGAGGAUCAAUGUUUAGUAGUUGAAACCAUUGAAAUGUCCUUAGAAAAUCAUUUGAGUGUUGUCAGAGGCAAUAAACAGUUGGCUUGUUAUCAAUAUCAAACCAUUGAAGUGUUGUCGCUGAUGAAACCAUUGAAUCAUUGCCAGGUUCAGACGGUUCACUGUUGUCACUGAUAAACCAUUGAAUCAUUGCCAGGUUCAGACGGUUCACUGUUGUCACUGAUAAACCAUUGAAUCAUUGCCAGGUUCAAACGGUUAACUGUUGUCACUGAUAAACCAUUGAAUCAUUGCCAGGUUCAGACAGUUAACUGUUGUCACUAAUGAACUAUCAAAGUAUUGUGAGUGGUAAACCUUGAACAUGUUUUCAAUGGAAUACGUUUUAGGAGUGCAAGAACACAAUAUCAAACCCCAGAAGUCGGCUGCUGGCAAAUUGAUUGAAAAAAAUAUCAGUAAACUGAACAAGCAAGAUUAAACAUGAGAUAGCUUAGCCGACUGAGCUAUAACUGGAGGCUAGUGAUGACAGACCGUUGUUUACCAGCCAACUGAGUUAUAACGGGAGGCCAGUGAAGACAGACUGUUGUUUACCAGCCGACUGAGCUAUAACAGGAGGCCAGUGAAGACAGACCGUUGUUUACCAGCCGACUGAGCUAUAACGGGAGGCCAGUGAAGACAGACCGUUGUUAACCAGCCGACUGAGCCAUAACGGGAGACCAGUGAAGACAGACCGUUGUUAACCAGCCGCCUGAGCUAUAACGGGAGGCCAGUGAUGACAGACCGUUGUUUACCAGCCGACUGGUUUAUAACGGGAGGCCUGUGAUGACAGACCACUGUUUACCAGCUGACUGAGCUAUAAUGGGAGGCCAGUGAUGACAGACUGUUGUUUACCAGCCAACUGGUUUAUAACGGGAGGCCUGUGACGACAGACCACUGUUUACCAGCCGACUGAGCUAUAACGGGAGGCCAAUGAUGACACAACGUUGUUAACCAGCCGACUGAGCUAUAACGGGAAGCCUGUGAUGACAGACCGUUGUUUACCAGCCGACUGAGUUAUAACGGGAGGCCAGUGAUGACAGACCGUUGUUUACCAGCCAACUGAGCUAUAACGGGAGGCCUGUGACGACAGACCGUUGUUGACCAGUGAGGUGUGACAGCGUCGAAUGGAUAUGUGUGUGAUCGUGAGGCGUGACCGUUGGGCAAACCAAACAUUGUGAUAUUUAUUAUUUAUAAGACUAUUGUACCAGAUAGUACACAACGUAUUUACACAACGUUUAUUCUUUGAUGCAGUGGGAUAGAAAGGAGACGAGUUUUAAAAAGUUUGUGUAAAGUUUUUCUUACUGUUAUAUAUACAAGUUUGAAAUAGUCACCGACACGAAAACUUGUACCGGCUUAAUCUGAAGUUGAUACAAGAUUAAACUUUUCACAAUAAGGCCAUACAAAACAUAUAUUUCCUGAUCACUCUUUUCCCCCUAAUAGUUGUACGGGUAGGUUAUUGUCCUAGGAAGUCUUUGUAAAAUUGCUCUUCAUUUCGUUUUCUUGCAAAUAAUUUACAGUAAAUAUAAUCAGAAACAAAGCUAUGUUUGGUCUGAAGAUCAUGGUCAAGUAAAUUUGACAAGUGUUUACUUAAAACUAUGAUAAAACCUUGUUAACUCAUUCACCCCUGAAGACACAUUUGAACUCUUCCAAUCCAAAGGUUGGAAUAGUUCAUUAUGAAAUUUCAGGGGUGAACGAGUUAAUAUGCAUGACACAUUAUUUUGCUUAAUGCAAUCAUUUUCAAGGUCCAUUUUUCUUUUCUUUUUGGGAUUUCAAUUUCAACAUAUUUUAUUGACAAAAGAAGUCAACAGGAUUGGACAUCAGGCAUUGCCUAUACAAGUCCUCUCCUUAUUUUGGGGAUUUCAUUUGGCAGUCUCGAUGAAAUGUUUCAAAAAAACGCCCUGAUAUAAAAUAUCCUGAUCAGAAAGGAUGAGACACUUUGAUUUGAAUGUUUCCGUUAGUGACUUGUUAGGCUAACAAACCUUUGAAUCAUUAGGUCCUGACACUUUUGGUCAAAUUUUCAGAAAUUCUACCCAAGAUCAUUUAACAAAUUGGAACUGUACAUGGUUUUAAUUCGUCUAAGUCACAUGCAUGCUUACUGGCCUCAUAUGUAGAUUACUCAAUUUUUAACCCUUUCACCCCUAUGUAACUUUAGUAGACUCUGCCAUGCUUUGAUCUGGAUGAGUCCAUUAUGGUCUACAGUGGUGAAAGGGUUUAAGAGAAAGGUUUAAAUUUUGUCAUUUAAGUUCUGAAUCACCUUCUGCUCGCUGAUCUUCAGUAAGUUGUCAUUAUUUCAGGAAUUGUGUGAGUUUUGAUAAAUUGUUACAUUGUUAAAUUAAAUAUCACUUUACAUACGCUCUUGCUUGCUUUAGUAGGAGCAUGUGCUUGUCAUUAUCAUAGUGCAUGCAUGUAGUUGUCAACAAUUCCAGUGAUCACCAACAUUAUAUAAUUUAUUUAUUUCAUUGAAAUAUUAUUGGCGCAUCUAUAAUUACAUAGUAAUUUAAUGGUGGUAUGAACAUAAAAAAAAAGGACAAAACAAAUACCAUAUGUAACCGCGACACUCCAGGGUUACGCUCACUUUGGCUUUCUGCGCCCCUGGAAUAUGUCACAGCAAACUCGAAGGCUCAAUGUGCACCACCUUGUGGAUGAGACAAGAACACUAGUCUGAUCGUUUGAUGUACAGUCAAAGUAUUGCCUACACUAUUCAGUUCCAUGGAAGUUUUUGAACAGCCAAAAUUAAAGUAUAGGUAACCAUAUGUAUGUUGAAGGUAUAGCAUAGAGUUACACUACUGUAGCAUGGGCAGGUAUUUUAGCCUUAAAAUAACAAUAUCAACUUUCAGUAAAAUAGUCCUAUUUAAAACUUUAUUAGAUAAUAAUGUGUUAACGGUAUUUUUUUUCCCAUUUUCAUUCAUCCAAACAGUCUUUGGUUCUACGAAAUGAUGGGUGAAGAACUUUGGAUCAUUAAUGAAACAUGGACAAUCAGCAUUUUUAUCAGUUCUGAAAUGAAGCUAGUACUGCCCAAAACAAGCCUUACUGAUUAACCAAGGUCUAGACUGAUGAUUGAGAUGUCAUUGUACUUCUUACCAAUUUGAUGCCAAAACUACUCAAACAAUUUAGGUGAUUUUAUGUUGACAUUAAAUCUUAUCAAAUUCGACAUUAGAAAAGAUGUUGAAAUUGUAAAAUUUAAACUAAGGUUACUGAAAUGCUAGCAAAAAUUUGUUCAAUUGAAAAAUUUACAGAAGUUUUUUCCUAAGAAUCAUUUUGAAGAUAUACAUGUUGAUUGAAAUGGCUCACUUGCUUGUGUACCUAAUGAAAAGCCAUACCCUAAGAUCUGAGGUUUCUUCGCAUUAGGAUAGACACAUCUAACGAUUUGAUACAUGUCACUUAUUUAUAUUGCUUAACCCUUUCACCCCUAGGUGACUUUAGUAGACUCUACCACUCAUUUGUUAGGAUGAGUCCAUUAUGGUCUACAGUGAUGAAAGGAUUAAAGAACUGGAAAAUGUGACCUGUUCUAUUUUUACUUAUUCUGUGUUCAGAAAAGAAAGCCAUACUUCAUCUAUGACAAAUAUGAUUCAUUUUAAGCCUUUAUUAUAUUAAUACAUUACAGAGUGGAACAUUUAUCACAUUACAGGCCUUCUACUGUUGUUUUAUUUAUGUCUCUUCCAAAUCCUGUUUUUUAUUUUUAACCCAUAUAUAAAAUAUUUACUUUUAAAAGUCAAAAUCAGGUGCAAGUCCUACGGCACAUCAAAUAUAAUUCAGGCAGUAAUGAUGUUACUGUUUUUGUACAAAUAUAACUGUUUUCGUACAAAUAUAACUUUUUUCGUACAAAUAUAACUGUUUUUGUACAAAUAUAACUGUUUUUGUACUAAUAUAACUGCUGUGUAUUAGUUAUUAAUACAUCGGCAAGUAUAUUAAUACAAACAGGGUUACCAGUGGUCUUACAGCUAAAGAGUCCACUGCUGUGAUAACAACGCCAAAACUCAGAAAAAAGGUCGCGCCUGUAAGGUAAUAGUACCAGUUUCACACAAUACUGUUCUUUGACUGAAAUAAUUUCCUGAAUUUCAGUAUUUUCCAUUGAAAAGUAAAUAUAUUUUAUUUUCAAAAAGGAUUUGUUUGAGUUUUUGGAAAAACUUAGUUAGGAUAUUUUUCUUAAAUUCUGUUAUACUUUCUUAAGGGAAAGUCAAGAGUUCAAGAGUUUUUUAAGAUGUUUUCAUAAGAUUUCAGCAUAUUGUUGAAGUCAGAGUCUGUUAAAGUAUAAAAACUGCUUUUAUUUAAAUCAAAUUUUAAUUUAUUUAAACCAAACACUUGGGAUAAUUGAUCAUGACUCUAAAAUCAAAGUUUAGAUAGGAAAAUACAUUCACUGUUGCAUAAAUAUUAUUUGGUAAGUGACUGCUAAUGUAAUCAUAUAAAGUAUAAAACAAAAAAACAAAAUAAUAUUAUUAUUAUGUCUCUGUGAUCUUCAAAAAUUGUUGAAAAAAUGGAUCUGGUUUCUAUUUUGUCAGUGUUUUAAAAUAAUGUUUUUAUUGUUGUUUUCUUUAUCACAUGGCAAGCUUGUUGAAAUAUUCCAAAGUUCUGUUUUAAUUAAUUCUGGAAAUUUCAUUUUGAUUACAAAUAAAAUUUGAGAGAUGGAAUUUGGUUUCCCAAGUGGGUGAAUAAUCAUGAAAGGCUGAUUAUGUAAAGGACAAGUUAAAAAUGAGGCUAAAUUUACUUGAUCUUGAAAGUAAUUCAUAAUAAAAAAAAA